AUGGAACAGCAACUAAAGUCUAGUAACGAUCGGUCAAGCGACAUUACCAGUGCGAUUCUUUCGCUCCCUCCUGAGUUAUUAUACGACAUACUGGACUACCUGUCACUUGAGGACACGAUCUCGUUUGUGUUCUGCAGAUGGGACUUUUUACUUGCCUCGCUCGGUUUUCUCACGCACAAAGUGGGCCCUACGCUUCGAAAUCUGAAUUUUCUAGCUGUACUGUUCAACGAAAAUAAGUGGCAAAUGUCAUGGUUAUACAAGAUUGCUCAAAGCUCGAUAAAUUGUGAGCAACCACUACUAAGAGAUAUUUGUAUCUUGACAAACAUCUUCAAAGAUAUUGACUGUCCCGCAAGGAUCAUGCAGAACAUUAUUUUUGAGUGUGCCAAAUCCCAGUGGCCAGUCUCACAUAGCUGUGUUCUUCGAGACUUCAAAGGAAUUGGUGCCCUGUAUUUACAGCGAAGCCCGUGUGCUAUUUUUGAUACGGACAAAUUAGGGAUGAGCAUUUUACAUCUUUCCAUCCUAAGCCGGUCUCCGCAGGUCUUCAACGUCGUUCACCGGAUUUUAAAAGGAAUGUCCGGGCAAGAGCAAGCUGAAUAUGUCAACCAGCUCGACUGUAUGGGUCACAGCGCGAUGACAUAUGCGAUAUCUACCCGCUCUGUGAAUAUGCUUGAUGCACUAGCCCUUGUCGGGGCGAAAGUCAACCACAGAGGCUUGUUUGGAUAUACGCCACUCAUUGAAGCAGGCUACCUUGGAUAUAGAGAAAUAAUUGACUGCUUAAUAAAACAUGGCGCGGUCUUUACUGCUCGCGAUGGCGUCAGUCAUUCUAUCUUGGAGCACAUCAUAGCCGGCCAAGGUGAGAUGAAGGAACAGCUCUUGGAACAUCUCAGCCCAUUUGCUAGUCAGGAACAGCUCGACAGAGCCUUGAGAUAUGAUUUUGACAAUACGAAUCAGCAUACGGCGGUGCUUGUGAAGCUUGGCGCAAAUCCUAACAAUGUGGGUUUAUCGGCUGGUGACACUAAUCGUCAUUGA